CAUUUUCGGCCCUUCAAACGGUUAAGUUGGUUUUUCUGUUGCGAGCGGAACCGCCACCAAUCUUUCGAAACCAUGUUCAAAAUUCUAAGUGAAGCAGCAAAGGGAAUCACGGCCCUCAAGCAACUAGAGGCAGCCGGAAAGCUGGCUAAGAGUCGCCCGUAUUCAUCUUCCAGCAGAAAGGGGGGAUGCAAAUCGGAUGCCCCCAAGAGCAAGGAAUGUGCCCAGAAGGCUUGCUCCGAUAGGUCCCAGGCGAUGCCGAAGAAGGGCAGCAAAUCCCACUGCAAAAAAUCUAGUCCCAAGAUCUGGCGGGCCUGUCCGGAGCCACCCAAGCCGAAGGAGUUCUCCUGCUCGGACGUGCCCCAGGAGCUGGUCUCACGUCGGAAGAAGCGCCAAGUAGCUUCGAAGCCACCCUGCAACAAACCGGCCCCAAGCGUUGAAGCCCCCGAGUGCAUAAAAAUCAAGAAAGAGCUCUGUCUGCGGGCGACAAUGCCCGGUUGUGCCAAGUCCCGGAUUCCACCCCGUUGCCCCCCGAAAAAGGUAGUUCGAGACUGCACCCGCAUCAAGCCCCCGGUUCCGUCCUUUUCGGCCUGCUACCGGAAUCCGUUCCCCCGACUUCCGCGCUCCGAGUGCACCGUUUUAACUACCAAGAAAAUUUGUAUGUAAUCCGAGACGGAAAUACUCGAACUCGAAGAAGAUGAGAUUUGGGAAGAAUAAACGUGAUUACCCAUGA